AUUUGAGCCAAUGAACUAUUGAAAUGAGAAACCCAAUCAUUUUCUGUCACGUGAGGUUUUACAGACUGCAGCAACUUUGAUUUCAUGAAAUUAUUAUAGUUGGUUGAGGAGAGGAACCUUCUAUUUUUUAUUAUUAUUUCAUCCACCUACCUGGUAUUUCAGGAGAACUGACCACCUUCCAGUAUUUUUUUGAAAGUGUACUGUUACAGUAACAGAUGGAAACAUGUGGCGAGAAAAGUAAUUUGAUUUUAAUGUUAUGUUAUUUAUGUUAUCCAUAGUCUCCAAUAGGCGGCGGUAGGCCUCUGGUCGGUAGCAAACCCACAUUAAAAGAGAAGAAGAAAGUCGUCUUCUCGCGAGAUCUCACUUGAAAAUAACGCGGGACACUGUGAUCAAUAUAUCCGUUGAAUCCCAAAGUGACAACAUCCAUUCAAACGGAGGGUAACAAAUGUUCAACUAACGUUAGAUACAACUUUUAACGAACGACGCUGUCUUCGGCUUUGCGCCGUUUUUCGUAAUACUCGCCUCAUCACGGUAAACGGGAUCGUUUACCGUUGGCAAACGUUUUUUAGCUACCACCAGCUGACCUAACGUUAGCUCUGUUUGGCUAACGUUAGCUCUGUUUCUAAAUGGAGCCCACGGAGGAUUUGUCUGCUCGCGUCCUGCUGCAACAUAUCCUGAGCACCGAGCCCCCCAGGACCCCCAUCACCCGCAGUACCUCCAAAGCGACUAAGAGGACCACCACCGCGACCACCAGCAGCGCCAGAAGGAGCAACAGAGAUGCUCGUGGCCAAACCCCGCAGGACAUCCUGAGACGAAGCCUGAGGCACAAAUUACACCAGAGUAUAACCAGACCCGCCGUCACAAAGAGGGCCUCUGCCUCCGCCGUGCUGGGACGGAUGAGCACGCCGGCCCCGACCUCGCUGCUGUUUGAUGAUGGAGACACACCGAGGCACAUACUUAGGAACAUCCUGCGGACAGAGCCUGUGAAGUCUCCUGUGGUUCAUGGGAAAGUAGCGUCAGAAGAGCGGCUACCAUCUUCAGCAGACUCCAGCGUCACUGGGAAGCGCCCGAGUAUUGAGCUGUCUGGGUUGGAUUUGCCUGAUAUAACUAUUGGCAACGCCGCGAGUACCGCAAAAGGACUGGCCAGAAAGAGACCCCGUCGCAGUCUCAAUGUAACGGCUUUUGAAAAGCGUCUUAAAGAUGGAGACGAUGUUGAGGGGGAAAAUGAAUCAAUAGGCGAUAAUUUAUCCCUUUCUUCUUUGAGUUCCACUUCUUUGAGUCUAAAAACUCCCUUUAUGGAUCCUCGGACCGAGAGGAAAGGCCUCCAGAGAAGAGUUUCUAAGCGUCGGAAGAUCACAGUGGAAGAAUUUGGGGCUGCUGUUCAUAGACGGCAGACGGGAGGAGUAACAAGCUUUGUGCAGGAGACGCAUGGUCUCAAUGAGACCACCCACUCCGAGGGCUUCACUUUGGGCUUAAGCAAACUCAGCGAACCUGAUAUCACGACUGAUAUCCUCCACUGCAACACGGCCCUCUACCCGCAGCCGGAAUCCAUGACCUCCAGCUUUUCAAUCAUUGCAACUCAGGACAAACCAACCGUGAUGGCGUCUCAGCUUCAGAGGCUGAUCGAGCAGGAGGAACUGAUGGAGGCGGAGCACAGCGAGCUGGGUGGAGACAAACCAAUGCAUGCGUUCCCAUAUGAAGAGGGCGCUGAACCCGAGGAAGAGCAAGAUAUGGAAAGAUCACAGAGUAAUGUAAAGAGUGAUGCAGCCGAGUCGGAGGAAGAGGAGAUCAGAGUGGGAACUCAAACCGAUGCGGAAGACUCUCAAACCGAAGAAGAACAAGGUGGAGUCGAUUCCCAGCACGAAGAGGACGUUGACGCCAGGUCUCAAUCCGAGGAAGAGGAGGCUGCUGCAGAGUUUCGAACCGACAAUGAAGGUGCAGGUGACUCUCAAACCGAAGAAGUUGCCGUUGAAUCUGAAAUCGGAGAGGAAGUUGUAGUUGAAUCUGAAAUCGGAGAGGAAGUUGCAGUUGAAUCUGAAAUCGGAGAGGAAGUUGCAGUUGAAUCUGAAAUCGGAGAGGAAGUUGUAGUUGAAUCUGAAAUCGGAGAGGAAGUUGCAGUUGAAUCUCUAACCGGAGAGGAAGUUGUAGUUGAAUAUCUAACCGACGAUGUAGUUGAAUAUCUUACCGAAGAGGAAGUUAUAGUUGAAUAUCUAACCGAAGAGGAAGGUGCAGGCGGUUCUCAAACCGAAGGUGAACUGGAUGGAGUAGAUUCCCAGGAUGAAGAGGACGCUGCACCAGACUCUCAAAGGGAGGAAGACGAUGCCGUUGACUCCCAAAUCGAAGAGGAGGGUGCUGUUGAUCCGCUGUCCGUAGCGGAUGUUCUAGAACAUCAAAGUGAUCCUGCUGCAGAUCCUCCACCUGAAGACGAGCGGGAUGGCAGGCCGGAGGAGGAAGAUGCUGAGCCUGACUUGCAGCACGUGAGUCGGAGGGCUCAGCUCUCUGAGGGUGGACCCGUCAUGCCUGUCACGGUCGCAGGGGGAGAUUUGGCAGACGCCACAGACGCAGGGUGGUCCGAGUCCAGAGCCCACAGCAGCCUGGAAAUGGACGGCCAUGAGAGCGGUCGUAUUGGGGUCACCGAGGACGCCGAGACUGGUGCUUCUUACUCGGAUGCCGAUGCUGAUAAAGAGAACUCCUUCGGUCUCCCGGAGGUGGCUCAUGAUGUUGAAGAUGGAAGACAUCUGAGUCUUGGUUCACCUGAAGUAGAUGCUCCCCAGGACUCAGCCGAGCAGGUGGAAGAGUGGGAGGACGAAGAGGACGAUGAAGACAGUGAUGAGAUCCCCAGCAAGACUCCUGCAUUCGUCAAACAGAAAAUAAACUUUCUUCAGCCUGAUCCUCUGGCCUCACCUCAAUUUAAGAAUAUUCAAGCAAGCAGCAGCAGCACAGGCGACGGUUUUCCUGCUCCUAAACCAAAGCCGGUGAGAAAGAGGGGGAAGCGGCCGGCCAAAAAGGAAACGGACCUUCCUAAGAGCUACCUGAUGGCCGUCUUCAAGCACUUUGCCAAAACGAAGGUCUCUACCGAUGUUUACCCUGUCUUAAAAGAAAUAAUGGACAAAUACUUUGACCGGCUGGUGGAGGACUUGGAGACCUAUGCUGCUCAUGCAAAGAGAAAAACCAUAGAGGUUGAAGAUGCUGAACUUCUGUUGAAGAGGCAGGGUUAUGUGAGUGACAAGGUGCCGGUGGAAGUGCUCAUUGAAAAAUAUCUUCGUAUGGACCAGCGGAAGCUUCUGAUCCCUAUCGCAACCAGUGGAAAUGUUGUUGUCCCUAAAAAGCGAAGAUGAAUGUUUAUGAUGUUUUCUUUUCAUCUCUUCACUGCUGCAUGUUAGUUACAUAUUCCUUUUGAUUUUUACAAAUAUCAAUUUAAUAUUUGCAUUUGUGUAAAUAUGUAAAUUUGUUGACAAAAUAAGAGUUUGUGUCAUAUAAUCUGUCUGUAUUGCUGUACUCUGUGGAGUCAAGUGUGACUAAUAUAUCUGUCUGUAAUGCAAACUUUGGCUCAUUUAUCCUUUUGUGUACAGUCCUUAAAAUCAAUAACAGAUUAGAAAUAAAGUUUUUUAUUUCCUUGACACUUUUUAA